GUGGCCGUGGCUACAGCAAGGGGCUGGGCCCAUGGCGGCGACGGCGGUGGCGACGGGGACUGGGGCCACGGCGGGGACCGAGUCGGCCGAGCGGCCCCCGGGCCCGGCGGCGGCGCUGGAGUUGUGGCUCAACAAAGCCACAGACCCAAGCGUGUCGGAACAGGAUUGGUCAGCUAUCCAGAAUUUCUGUGAGCAGGUGAACACUGACCCCAAUGGCCCGACACACGCGCCCUGGCUACUGGCCCACAAGAUCCAGUCUCCACAAGAGAAAGAAGCCCUUCAUGCCUUAACGGUGCUGGAGAUGUGUAUGAACCACUGUGGAGAGAAGUUCCACAGCGAGGUGGCCAAGUUUCGCUUCCUGAAUGAGCUGAUCAAAGUGUUGUCCCCAAAGUACCUGGGGUCCUGGGCCACAGAAAAAGUUAAAGGAAGAGUCAUUGAAAUACUCUUUAGUUGGACAGUCUGGUUUCCAGAAGACAUCAAGAUCCGAGAUGCCUAUCAGAUGCUAAAGAAACAAGGAAUUAUAAAACAAGACCCUAAGCUACCAGUGGAUAAAGUCUUACCCCCGCCUUCUCCCUGGCCCAAGAGCUCGAUCUUUGAUGCUGAUGAAGAAAAGUCAAAGCUUUUGACAAGGCUUCUGAAGAGCAACCACCCUGAGGAUCUUCAGGCUGCAAACCGGCUGAUCAAGAAUUUGGUCAAGGAGGAACAAGAAAAAUCAGAAAAGGUGUCCAGGAGAGUGAGUGCCGUGGAGGAAGUGCGAAGCCACGUGAAGGUGCUGCAGGAGAUGCUGAGUGUGUACCGCAGGCCGGGCCAGGCCCCGCCAGACCAGGAGGCCCUGCAGGUCGUGUAUGAAAGGUGUGAAAAGCUGCGGCCUACCCUGUUCCGGCUGGCAAGUGACACCACUGAUGACGACGAUGCUCUUGCUGAGAUUCUCCAGGCAAAUGAUCUCCUCACCCAAGGAGUUCUGCUGUACAAACAGGUGAUGGAGGGCCGUGUCACCUUUGGAAACACAAUGACCAGCUCAAUGGGAGACAUACCUGUCUCCAGAGGUAUGUUUGAAAGCCUCUCCCUAUCUUCUGCCUUGGGGCAGCAUACAAAUCCCAGAAAAAAAAUAGGUCCUCAGAAUAUUCUGGGUUGUGGCACAGACAUGAGAGAAUUUGCCCUCCCAUCUUUGCUCCAUCAGGACCUGGCAGCCUUGGGAAUCACUGAUGCUCCUGUUACGAAUAAGGUUGCUGGUCAGAAUUGCUGUAAGGAAAAGAGGAAUCCCUCUGCCAGCACAUUGCCAGGUAGUGGCAUUCAGAGCCCUUCUGCAGACCGGAACUUGCUGGAUCUCCUCUCUUCACAGCCAUCCCCCAGCCCUCCGAAUUAUGUCUCACAGAAAAGUAUCCCCAGAGAAGUGCCACCAGGUACUAAGUCCUCCCCAGGUUGGUCCUGGGAGGCUGGCCCAUUGGCUUCUUCCCCAUCUUCACAGAAUACACCUCUGGCUCAAGUGUUUGUCCCUUUGGAGUCUGUUAAGCCCAGCAGCCUGCCACCUCUGAUUGUGUAUGACCGCAAUGGAUUCAGAAUUCUGCUCCACUUCUCCCAGACUGGGGCCCCUGGCCACCCCGAGGUGCAGGUGUUACUCUUGACCAUGAUGAGCACUGCUACCCAGCCUGUCUGGGACAUCAUGUUUCAAGUGGCUGUGCCAAAGUCAAUGAGAGUGAAGCUGCAGCCGGCAUCAAGCUCCAAGCUUCCUGCAUUCAGUCCUUUGAUGCCUCCAGCUGUGAUAUCUCAGAUGCUGCUACUUGACAAUCCACAUAAAGAACCUAUCCGGUUACGGUAUAAGCUGACAUUCAACCAAGGUGGGCAGCCUUUCAGUGAAGUAGGAGAAGUGAAAGACUUUCCAGACCUGGCUGUCUUGGGUGCAGCCUAACUUCACAAGACGGACUCUUCAGUUCAAGCUUAGGCCAGCGUUACAUUUGCUGUCUAGACCGGACUAAUCACAGUGUUUUAGUGCACAGUGCCAAGAGUUCUAUCCUGACGUCAGGCUCUGGAUGCCAGCCUCUGACUUAUUCUGAAGAUACUCUGUGUGUGUGUGUGUGUGUGUGUGUGUGUGUGUGUGUGUGUGUGUGUGUGUUUAUGUAUGUAUGUGUUGUUGGGGGGGGACGCGGGAGGGUAGAGCAGGGCUUGGGAUGUGGGCAAUGUGAGAAAUGCUGAAGCAUUUCUGAUAAUCAUCUAUGCUACAAUCGUAUCUGUUUCUGCAUGUUAGUGGACACUGAUGUCCCUGCCUCAGGUUGGAGGUUUUAUAAGCCAAAGUCUUUUCUUCAUGUAGUGUUAUCUUUCCAUUCAUCCACUUUGUGCCUUGUCAGCUUUUGAAAGUCUUGGUUGCUCCCAGGCUGUUGUUCUCAGGGACCUUAAAAGGGACCUGGUUGGUCUUGGGGCAGAGAGUGUCUUCUGGGGAACUCUCUUCCAAGAAAGACCUUGUCUGCAUUUUCGUUAGAGAAUGCCGCUUGCAUGUGUUUGGGAAGAUCUUCUAAAUGGAAUACUUGUUGCACUGUUUCCAGGCAAGGGGCUGCUGUGAGACCAGAGGACCACACUUGGGGGACCAAUCAUGUCCUUCACCACCGUGCCUUAGAAUUGCCCUUAGAUGGACCCUCUGGGCAGAGGGGAAAGCAGGUCCCAGGCCUUAUUCAGGCCUCAGGUUCUGUGGGUUGGACAGCCAGUCUGGGCCCUUCCUCAGGACCCUCAUCUCCAUCCUCAUCCUCCUCUUUCUACACAAGCAUUUACUCAGAGUUCUUUGAUUGUGACACCAUGUUAGUCAUUAUAAAUCAUAGCUCACAGGCCAGCCCUUGCCUGUUGACUUCACAAUCUAAGAAUUGGAACUGUGAUUCAGAUAGACAUGAAAAAGAGCUUAGCAGUGAUUUAAGUGGUGACUAAAUAAAGUCAUUGAAUAAAUACCAUGUAGCAAAUGUA